AUGCUUCCCACUUUCCACUCCCAGAAGGGGUAUGUUGCGGCGCUGUUGCUUUUCCUGUCUUGGAAUUUUACCUCUGGUGGGAAGCUCCUGGUGGUACCCAUGGAUGGAAGCCAUUGGCUGAGUAUGCAGUCUGUCUUGAAUCAGCUCAAACAGAACGGCCACGAGAUUGUCGUCGUUGCACCUGAAAUAAAUAUGCACAUAAAACCAUCGGGUGAUCUUUAUACCAUGAAAACAUAUCCUGUGCCUUUCACAAAAGAAGAGCUGAAGGAACAUUUUCGAGGCGGUAUAAAUGUCAUGUUUGAAGAUCUCCCUUUUCUAUUUAAGUUUGUUAAAACCUAUAACAGGAUGAAAAAUACGACUACUGUGUUGUUUUCCACUUGCACAAGCUUAUUAUACAAUCAAGAACUGAUGGAGGACCUUGAGCAGAGCAAAUUUGAUGCCAUUUUUACAGAUCCUAUGAUGCCAUGUGGACAAAUAGUUGCUGAAUAUCUUGACGUCCCUUCGGUAUUUUUCUUGCGAGGAAUUCCCUGUGGUUUAGACUCUGAAGCUCUUCAGUGUCCCACCCCUCCUUCAUAUGUUCCAAGAAUAUUUACAACUAAUACAGACCGUAUGACGUUUGUCCAACGUGUGAAGAACCUGCUUUUUUAUAUGUCAGAAUCCUUCCUUUGUGGAUUUGUUUAUUCUCCUUAUUCAAAUCUUGCUGCUGAGUUUCUUCAAAAAGACAUUACUGUCACAGAACUUUUGAGUCACGGAUCAGUUUGGCUGAUGAGAGCAGACUUUGCAUUUGAUUAUCCCAAACCAUUAAUGCCUAAUAUGAUUGCAAUUGGAGGGAUCAACUGUGCUGGGAAAAAAUCCUUAACUCAGGAAUUCGAAGCCAUAGUAAAUGCAUCUGGCGAACACGGCAUUGUGGUGUUUUCUUUGGGCUCCAUGGUCUCUGAGAUUCCAGUGAAAAAAGCCAUGGAAAUUGCAGAAGCAUUGGGAACAAUACCCCAGACGGUGCUGUGGAGGUACACUGGAGAAGUGCCCCCCAACCUUGCGAAGAACACCAAACUUGUCAAGUGGCUUCCGCAGAAUGAUCUACUUGCUCAUCCGAAAGCCAGAGCCUUUAUCACCCACGCAGGCUCCCACGGGAUUUAUGAAGGAAUCUGCAAUGCAGUCCCAAUGGUGCUGAUGCCCCUUUUUGGAGAUCAGAUGGACAACGCCAAGCGGAUGGAAUCUCGGGGAGCAGGAGUGACCCUCAAUGUACUUGAGAUGACUUCCAAGGACCUCUCUGAUGCAUUGAAGGCUGUUAUUUAUGAUAAAACGUACAAAGAGAAUAUCAUGCGUCUUUCAGCCCUCCACCUGGACAGGCCCAUCCACCCGCUCGACCUGGCUGUACAUUGGGUGGAAUUUGUGAUGAAGCAUAAGGGUGCUCCUCAUCUGCGGCCAGCAGCCCACGACCUCAACUGGAUCCAGUACCAUUCCCUUGAUGUUAUUGCCUUUCUCUUGGCCGUGGUCCUCCUUGUGCUCUUCAUCUCACUGAAGUGCUGUCUUUUCUGCUUUAGGAAGUGUUUCUGCAAAAAAGGAAGAUUGAGCAAGAAAAGCAAAUCAAAAUCCCAGUAAAAGAGGGGGUUGGGAAGAGAUGAAGGGAAUAAGCUUUGUCCUUAUUGAUUCUAAGG